UUGGAAAGAUUAGAUAUGUUGAAAGUGAGAAUAAAUAUAAAGACAAAGACUGGAAGAGGAGGCGGGAUUUAGAGGAAGAUAAGGAGGUCCUAGAGAGUGAAAAGAAGAAGUGGGGAGAUGAGUUCUUGGAAUGCCAAG